AUGUGGGCUCUUUUGAAGAAAACGAAAGAGAAGGUUUCUAAAGUUAGACGCUUGGGAUUCAAUUUGAAAGAAAUAUGGGAGCAUGAAUAUCAAAGGAUGAAAGAAAAGUAUGCUGUUUUUAGAGAUUUCUGUAAUAAAUUAGAUAUAGUAGAAAGACUAAAUCCUAGGGAUGCAUUUUACGGAGGCAGGACGAAUGCUACUAAAUUAUUUUUUGAAGGUGAAACUAAAUACAUAGAUUUCACCAGCCUUUAUCCCUUCGUGAACAAAUAUUCUCCCUAUCCAAUAGGACAUCCGGAAAUAAUAACAAGCAAUUUUGGUGAUUUUUCUCAGUAUUUUGGCAUUGUUAAAUGCUCCAUUUUACCUCCUCGGGGGCUGUAUCAUCCUGUUCUACCCUAUAGAUCACAUGGGAAAUUGACAUUCCCUUUAUGCUCCAAGUGUGUAGAAACACAAAACAGUAUUUGUGAACAUGAUGAUGCAGAUCGUGCUUUGAAAGGAACUUGGGUCACAAUCGAAGUGAAAAAGGCCUUAGAUGUUGGUUAUAAACUAUUGAAAAUGUAUGAAGUACACCACUUCAAGGAACAAUCAACAUCUCUAUUCAAAUCGUACAUCAAUACGUUUUUAAAAACGAAACAGGAAGCUUCAGGAUGGCCAGAAAGAUGCGAAACAGCUACAGAAAGAGCCCUUUACAUAAAAAAUUACGAAGACCAUGAAGGUGUUGUCCUGGAUCCAGACCAGAUAGUAAAAAACCCAGGAAGACGACAAGUAUCCAAACUUUGCCUUAAUAGUUUCUGGGGGAGAUGGGGUAUGAAAGAAAAUAAAAUUCAAACCACUUUCGUCUCCUCUCUUCCAGAAUUUAAUGCAAUCCUGACAAAUACUACAAAAGAGAUAACUGAUAUUUAUUUCCCGAACGAUUCAAUUGCUGUUUUAAAAUGGAAGAUGAAAGAAGAAUUUUCUCCACAAUCGGAUCAGACAAAUAUUUAUUUGGCUGCGUUCACAACAUCACACGCUCGGCUGAAACUCUAUCAUGAAUUAGAAAAACUAGGAGAAUCAGUACUCUAUUAUGAUAUGGAUAGUAUUAUUUAUGCUUCAAACGGCAAAAAUGAUCCCAAGAUAGGUGAUUAUCUCGGUGACUUCACAGAUGAAUUGGAAGGAGAUACCAUUGUAAAAUUUGUAUCUGGUGGAGCAAAGAAUUAUGCAUAUGUCACGAAAUAUGGGAAAUCUGUAUGCAAAAUCCGAGGUUUCUCCUUAAAUUGCGAAAACAGCCUAAAACUGAAUUUUGACAGUGUGCUGAAGCUUGUAAGGUCCUUUGACGACGAAAGGAUCACUGUAAGAAAUCCACGAAAGAUUACAACAGAUGUGAAAGCUGGUAAGAUCAUAAAUAAAAUAGAAGAGAAAAAAUAUAGAAAAGUGUACGAUAAACGUGUAAUUCUCGAUGACCUGAAUACUCUUCCAUAUGGUUACUAG